CAUGGCGGCCUCCUUGAGACUAGGGUGUCGGGGGAUCCUGAAUGGGAUCAAAUUGAUACGAACAUGUAGGGGAAUACUGCAGGAUCACCGCGGACAUUACAGACAUUUUUUUCAAUCAUAGCCUCUGUUUGGAGCAGUUCCGAUGAAGGUGACGAUGCCAGCACUCUCCCCCACCAUGGAGGAGGGUAGAAUCAUCAAGUGGUUGAAGGAGGGAGAGUCUGAGUGCCGGGGAUGCGCUGUGUGAGAUCGAGACAGACAAAGCUGUGAUAUCUAUGGACUCCAGUGAGGAUGGGACUCUGGCCAAAAUCCUGAUCGAGGAGGGCAACCAGUUGCUUUUGGGAACUCUGAUCGCCCUCAUGGUGGAUGAAGGACAGGAUUGGAAGCAGGUGGAAAUUCCAGCACCAGAGAGCUCCCGGGCAGCUCUACUGUCAACCCCCCCUUCCUCUGCAGCACCCACAGGAGCUGUCUCGCAUAAAGUGGAGCCACGUGUGGGGACUGGACAACUAAGACUCAGCCCAGCUGCCCAGCAUAUCCUAGACACUCACGGACUGGAUCCAGGACAGGCCAAACCAUCUGGGCCCAGAGGCCUCAUCACCAAGGAGGAUGCACUCAACCUGUUGAAGCAGACUGAGUCCAGAGGGCCAAUAGCACCCAAAGCAGUGUCAGUCCCUUCUGCAGAUCUCCAGCCCUCACUGCCAGCACAUCCAGCAUCCACCUCCCAGGCUUAUCCUUGGCCUUCCAUUCCUCCCAUCCCAGUCCCAGGAACCCCAGCUGCACCAGAAAUGCCAGAGAUGAACGUGACUUGGAGCAGGGAGGGGCCACAGUCACAUCGCCGUGGCAACCGAGAAGGGUCUGCUCACACCCAUCAUACAGGAUGCCGCCAGCAAAGGAGUCCAAGAGAUUGCAGCUAAUGCCAGGGUAAGACUGGACUGCCGAAGAGGAGUGGGGAGGGACAUGAGAUUUCACAAACUCACGUCUUGCACUAAUUAUUGUGCACAUUAUUAUAUGUUUUAUAACCUACAUUUUAUUACCUACAUCAUCUUAGAUACAGCUUGUGGAGACAUGGUGUCAACAAGGUACUGAGCUGUUAACAUUAAUCAUACUGCACAUCUAUCAGAUUGUCCUUGUCUAUAUUGGCUUAUUUGGACGGCACAGCAAAAAUAGUCAUGGACUAAACUUUCAUGACGCACAUUUGUUUACAACCAUACAUUGAUGCAAUCUUCUCUUCUGAUUUAUUGUAUCACAUAUAUGGCAUGGUUAGGUUAAGCUGUAUCUUAGUUUGUUUAUUUCCCUCUUAGGCCCAGUAUAGAUUAUCACUCAAUACAACAGCAUCUAAUUUGUUAAAUGACAUACAGUGAAGGUUAAUACACCUUUUUGCAAACUACCUGCAAUAUCUAGUGAACUAUUUGCAAAUUCUGAAAAGGUUAAAAUGCAGUGUUUCCUUUCAAAUACAAAAUGUAACAUUACCAAAUGAGAUAUAACUCUUAAAUCCUGAAUUACCCAAGUACUUGUAUCAAAGCUGCUUCUUUUAGAGCCCCAUCUGCGUCUCCGUUGUCUACGCCCCCAGGAGAUAUCAGUGACCAUCCCAAGGGGAUCAGUGUCAUUUUUCUUUCAGCCUGCAUGAGAAAGGAAUGAGCUCUGACUUUUCAGUCAAUACUAGAGAGAUAAUAGUAAUUUUGCUUUAAUAUUAAGCGUAUAAUUCUAUUUUAACCUAGGUUCAUGUUAAGUGCCACCGCAGCCUUGUGUGCUGCGCGAAGCAGGAAAGCAGGGUUAUGAUAACUGCAGUGCUGUAAUAAGACAUUGUUUUGUAUGAUUACCAUUUUGUGUUUUUAUAUUUUUCUUUUACUUUAAUUACAUUUAUUUUCAUUAAGCUUAUAACAUAAACGUUAACACUUUAGUUUAGGGAUUCGUUAGAAGUGGUUAUAAACAAUGGCAAAAAUAUAAAAUAAGUGUACUGCAAAAACAAAGCAACCCCAUACAAUUGGUGAGACAGACACACAGGA